AUGCGCCUUCCACGCCUACUUUCAUCGAGCCUUUAUGUGAUCUACGGGAGCAGUUAUCUGAGUGGUUCUCAGGCAUCCGAGACAUCGUCGACGGAGACGGUGGGCCGAAGGACGACGCCGGCGACCGCCCACCAUACGCUGAAGAGUUUUGUGAGCCGGAGAGUUGAUCUGAGGCAGGAGUACCCGCUUCGGAUGUGUAUGCGGCCGACGGAGGGGAAGAAGGCGGAGGGAGGAGGCGGAGGAGGACACCAGAGACGCGAGCUGGCGGCGGUUUCGUACCCGUUCACGUUCUCCAAUCUGGUCUCGCCCCGGGCCCGGCUCGGCCAGCUGAUCGUCAACCCCUCUCCUUACCUCGAACCGGCCCCCAAUGUCCUCCUCCCCCUCGGCCCGAAAAACAGUCCUAAUGCAAAUAGACAGAGCCAAUUGUUGCCUCAACAACAGACUCUCCCCCUCCCUCUCCCUCUGCCUCAGCCUGCUUUGGUCCCCGCUCCUUCACUCUCUGUCGGAUCCCCUCCUCUCCUCGAUGUCUCGCUCCCCGCUGCUCCCCCCGGCCCCAUCACUAUCUCAUACUUCCCCGAUUGGAGCCUCGAUAUCUUGGCGCCGGAACAGGUCCAAUAUAAGAAGUUUGAUAUUAUCUAUUUCGCCUUUGCGAUUCCCAACGAGAACGUCGGCGUGGACUUCACCCAGCCGGAUUCCAAGCAAACGCUCGAUAGACUCGUCAGCGGCGCCCACGCGGCCGGGUCCAGAGUCGUCCUCUCCGUCGGCGGCUGGGGCGGCUCCAAGUUCUUCUCCGUCGCCGUCAAGAGUGAAUGCUCUAGACAGACCUUCGUUAAUAAUCUCUAUCAACUUGUUCUCGCUCAUGAUCUGGAUGGAAUCGAUAUUGAUUGGGAAUACCCAGGACAAGCCCAGAUACAAGAUAAUAUAGCAUCAAGUACAGACUCGGCUGCCUUGCUUUCAUUCUUUCAACUCCUGCGAGCCAAGCUGGGACCCCAUAAAAUCAUCUCGGCUGCAGUCACUGAUUAUACCUUCACUAACGCCCAGGGCGGCAGAAUGACUAAUGUAGAAGAGUUUGGUAAGGUACUCGAUUACAUUUUGAUCAUGAACUACGAUGUUUGGGGGGCCUCAUCCAAUCCCGGGCCUAACGGCCCCUUCUCGAACGGAUGCCAAGACAGCAGUCAACCGGGAGCCAACAUGGUCAGCUCGAUCAAGACCUGGACCUCAGCCGGCUUCCCGCGGCAGAAGAUCUUGAUGGGUCUGGCGGCCUAUGGAUACAUCAACCAUGCAUCCACCACCACCUUGGUUCAUCGAAAGCGCUCUGAGAUCCCGCAGCCCGCCCGCAGGAUCGAUCAGUAUCUUGUCCAGGCUGAUAAUCGCCAGCUUCGGAACCGUCAGAACUCCUGCUUGGACCCGACCGGUGUGACUUGCUCUAUCCUUAAUGCUCCUCCAGUCCCACUAAAUAUCGUCCAGAUACCCUCCUUGAAUUUGGUCCCACAGAGUCUCGUUCAGACUCCCUCAGCCAGCCUCAAUCAGACUUCUUCCCUCCCAAGCACGGUGCAGGAUGCUCUACCAAGCGUAAAUCAGACGGUGACAGCAAUUAGCCCCAAUCUGACCCAGACGGUCGACCCUCCUAAUGUAAGCAAUCUGACCCAGACGGUCGACCCUACUAAUGUGAGCAAUCUCACCCAGACGGUCGACCCUAAUCUGACGGCGACGACCGGCCCGACGCUGUUUGACGCGGGCCAGAACGACACCUCGGGCCUGCUGCGUAAGGCGUCUUCUGCCAUCGGAUCCGGCGAUCUCGACGGCCAUUCUGGAAACCAGAUCCAGUUCACUGACCUCUUCAAAUGGGGCAUCGUCCAGCUUGACCUUUCCGAUAACGAGGGAAGAUUGACUGGGAUCAAUGGAUACCAAGUCGCUUGGGACCGGUGCAGCUCGACCCCAUACGCGUUCUCGAAAGCUCGCAACAUUGUGAUCACCUAUGACGAUACGAUCUCGAUCGGCAUCAAGGCCUCGUAUGCCUUGGCCGCCGGGAUCGGCGGGGUCGGGUUCUGGGACAUGACCGGCGACCAUCACGCCAUGCUCAUCGACUCCGCUCGCAAAAAUCUCGCCAUGGUCGAUUGA